GGUUGGCUUAUGUGGCUCCAGAAUCUAGGGUGGUUGGUGCUGGAGAUUUAGUUGACCAUCCUAAGAAAAUAGCUCUUCACUACCUUCAGACAUACUUUGUUAUUGACUUAUUUGUUGCACUUCCACUUCCUCAGAUAAUCAUAUUGUUUGUCCUACCAAAUGACUUGGGUUCAUCAGGAGAAAACUAUGCAAAGAAUCUUUUGCUUAUUGCGGUCAUUGUUCAGUAUUUUCCCAGAUUGUGUAGGUUUCUUCCUAUGCUAAUUUAUCCAACCGGAUUGAUAUUUGAGUCAGCAUGGGAAAAUUUCUUUAUAAAUCUUUUUACCUUCAUGCUAUCUGGUCAUAUUGUUGGGUCAAGCUGGUACCUGUUUGGUUUGCAGAGGGUUAAUCAAUGUCUAAGAGAUGCCUGCAAGAAAGCACAUAUUAAUGAAUGUACAAAAUUCAUUGAUUGUGGGCAUGGAUAUACUAAAGAAUAUCAAAAUGAUACAAAUUGGCCUCUUUGGAAGAACAAUGCAAAUGCAACUGCUUGUUUUACUGAGAAUGGUUUUGAGUAUGGGAUCUAUCUUAAAGCUGUCAAUCUUACUGCAGAUCACAAUGUGAUCACUAGAUAUGUAUAUUCAUCAUUUUGGGGAUUCCAGCAAAUUAGUACUCUGGCUGGCAAUUUAACCCCUAGCUAUUUUGUUUGUGAAGUCCUUUUUACCAUGGCCAUCAUAGGAAUGGGACUCUUGCUUUUUGCUCUUCUCAUUGGAAACAUACAGAACUUUCUUCAGGCUCUUGGACGCAGGAGGCUAGAAAUGUCACUUAGACGACGUGAUGUUGAACAAUGGAUGAGCCAUCGGCGCUUAGCAGAUGAUCUGAGAAGGAGAGUAAGACAGGCUGAACGUUAUAAUUGGGCUGCAACAAGAGGGGUGAAUGAAGAAAUGCUUAUGGAGAAUUUGCCUGAAGACCUCCAGAGAGAUAUCAGACGUCAUCUCUUUAAAUUUGUUAAGAAAGUUCGAAUUUUUGCCUUGAUGGAUGAGCCUAUCUUGGAUGCUAUAUGUGAGAGACUAAGACAAAAAACAUAUAUCAAAGGAAGCAAAAUUCUAUAUAAUGGUGGUCUAGUAGAGAAGAUGGUUUUUAUUGUGCGUGGAAAAUUGGAGAGCAUUGGUGAAGAUGGAAUUGUUCCUUUAUCUGAAGGGAAUGCUUGUGGUGAAGAACUUCUUGCAUGUUGUCUUGAGCAUCCUUCAGUAACCAAAGAUGGUGGAAAAGUAAGGAUUCCAAGACACAGAUUGGUUAGCAAUAGGACAGUAUGGUGCUUAACCAAUGUGGAGGCAUUUUCACUUCGAGCACAAGACCUUGAAGAAGUUACAAGCCUUUUUGCAAGAUUCUUAAGGAGUCCACGUGUUCAAGGAGCCAUAAGGUAUGAAUCCCCUUACUGGAGAUGCCUUUCAGCAACACGCAUCCAGGUUGCAUGGAGAUAUAGGAAGAAACGUCUUAGUCGUGCUGAUACUUCCCAGUCAAAUCAAACAUCAUAGUUUUAGUCUCCCUUUGAUAUUAAAGCUAUUUUUUUUAUAUAUAGGACCGAACAUUGAUGAGGAAGACUGGCGUGGGUGAUCUUCAAGCAGGCGUUUAUGUGUUUCAAUCAGAAUGUGCCUCAGCCUCCGCUGUUCGAAUUCAAG